AUGGCUACUCCCAACUCCAAAGCACCACUGUCCAAUCCCGCGAACACUCCUCCAUCUCGUCGCAACCCCAACGACAAUAGUCCCAACAGGCCAGGGGUUGGAAGUUCUGUACCAGCAAGUACAGGAACCGGCCUUGCACGAACUCCGUCGCUCCGGCAGACCCGUCCUUUGAGGAAAACACCCAACCGAAUGAGCACAUCCUUUAUUGGCUCUAUCGAUCAGGACCAAGAGGACGAAGAGGCAAAGUCGGCCAAUGUAAAAUUGAUCAAAGAUUUGCAAGAGCAAGUACAGCGCGCUGAGCAGGCGUCGGAGCGAUACAAAAAACAAUUGGAAGUGAUGCAACAACGGCUGGAUGAGACCUCGCAAGCGCAGAUGGCGUUGGAAGAACGCGACCUACAAAAGCAAACAGAAAGGGACCGUUUGAAAGCGGAGAUCCGAGACCUUAACAGACAACGCCGAGAGCUGGAAAUUGAACAUGAGGAGCACCAGCAGCUCUUUCUUCAAGAACGAGAACGACAGCUGAAGAAGGAGGCAGAGCAACAAGCCACCAUUAACAGACUCAAUGAAGCUUUGCGCUUGCAGGGCACUGAAAGGUUGAACGCAAGCCGAAGCGCAGGCAUGGCUGAGUUUCAGGCGCCGGACGCAAAAACCGACGGAGAUGGCUCUCGAUCGGAACAUGCGGCGAACUUGGCUCAUAGCCUGCAACAGAAAGAUGAGACAAUCAAUACUCUGCGCUUAGAGCUGGCCGAGGCACAUCUGAAAUUGACGCAACAAGAACACGUAGGAGACGGACGUCUCCUGGAGCUUGACCAAGCGAUUUCAGAAAUGAAGAUGCAGAAUGCCAAACUCAAAGAAGAAAAUGAAAGCUUCCAGAUGCUUUUGAGCGAGAAGACGCUCAAAGGCACGUUUAUGCACCAUGAACACACAUACGACGAGCCGAGCGCCAUGAGCACGUUGGCAGAGGAGCUCGAAUCUAGCGAGGCGCAGGAGAGCACCGACGGUCUGAACGAGGUGUACAAGAAACUAGAAGGAGAAAAUAAGUCACUGAGAGAUCAAAACAAGGCUCUCACAUUAUACAUCGACAAAAUCAUCGGGCGGUUACUAUCGCACGAAGGGUUCGAGCAUAUUAUUCAAGAUAAAGAUGAUCCGCAUCCGGCUCCCACAAAGUCAUACACGGAGAAGGCAUUGCCUGCAAUACCAGAUCAGCAAGCAGCCGGCUCCUCGACCGUGGCGGGGGUAGCUACCGGCUUGCUGCAGCGAGCGAGAUCUGUUGUUUCACGGCCAGGGGCCAAAGCUCGGCCAAUGUCUUAUGCACAACCAGCGUCGACGGGCCCUACAGCAAAUGAGAACCCAGAUACUGCGCCCAGUAUCCCUCUGAACCGCGGACAUCGCAGAGCGAGAUCUGAUCAGGCGCAGGCUGACAUGGCAGCUGCGGCAGUGGUUCAACAGAUGAAUCGUGGAUCUCCCAUGAGGACCGCUUCUGGAAAUCCAAUGAGCCCGGGCAUUCGACCACUCAGCCCACAACUGCCUCAAGGACGCACAUCAUACUUUGGGGGCCCUUCCAACUCUACAACUACACGAACUCCAUCUGCCUCCGGCACGCGUGGGGGCAGUUCUGCAAACAGCAUCACCAGUGAUUCACAUAGCGACGAGCAACGGUCGACAACCGAUGCUGGCUCGAUGACCGCACAAAUGAGUGGAGAGAGACAGGUUCAAGGGAGUAUACCGGGAGCGGUGAUGAAACAGAACCAGCUGAGGCCACUACGAUUAGUGCAAGAGCAGACAGCAUCUGAAGAAGAGAUGCAGAAACGAGCGAACAGGAAUUCCGUUUGGGGCUGGUUCCGGGGGAGCACCAUUGAGACUCAAGACGAAUAA